UACAAUAGCAGGUUUUCAGAGGAAAAAAUUGCCAUUCUCACAAAUUUUCCAGUAGUGUUUCACUCAAGAGAAAAUUCUGAGUAUAGUAUGUAUUUCCUUUCCCCUUGGAGAAGCCUAUUCUUCAAUUUUUAAUGAAGUAGUUUUAAAAAUGUUCUAACAAAUCCCGUGGGGCUCUGGUGUAAGUGACGUGGCGCGCCAAGUUACGAAAUUUUACAGACAAGUUUUGAAAUAUUUGUCAAAAGACCACAACGUUGCCUAGACAGCGUAUGAAAGCCAAAGUUUCGGGAAGACAGAGCUAUCCUUAUCCAUAAGAACAGCUUGGUAGUUCUUAGAAACGUGUCUUUUUGUAAUUUAUGUUUGGUGAUACAAGCGAGGAUCCCAACUCAAUGGCUUCCGUGCGAGAAGAGAGACCGAAAUGUAUGUGGAAGCCAAAUGCAGAUCAGUCGACCAACAUCGGCGAUUUCCAGUCAGUUGUGAAUCAAACAUUUGGCUUGAGUUUAGAAAAUUAUGAGGAGCUGCAUCAGUGGAGUGUCAAUCAACAUACAGAUUUCUGGGAGAUGUUUUGGAAAUUUGCUGACGUUAUCCACUCCCAUCCAUACGUUGAGGUUUUAGAUGAGUCUAAACCAAUGGAGGAGGUUCCGGAAUGGUUCCAUGGAGCUCAGCUUAAUUUUGCAGAAAAUCUUUUACGAUUUGAUGAUGACAAAGUUGCUUUGUAUACUGCAGGAGAGGGACAAGAGGUCAAGACCAUAACAUUUCAUCAACUAAGAAAGAAUGUGGCAUUAUUAACCUCUGCUCUGAAAAAUCUUGGUGUCAAGAAAGGAGAUAGAGUUGUUGGUUAUAUUCCCAAUUGUGCCUUCGCUGUUGAGGCUAUGUUGGCUACUGCAAGCUUGGGAGCUAUAUGGAGUUCUACUUCACCAGAUUUUGGUGUUACGGUCUUCCUGAGCUGGAGAAAGUAGUUGUGAUGCCAUUUGUUGGGAAAGCAGAUGACAUUGACCUAUCUGGAAUCCCAAACAGCAUGUUGUCGGAUGAUUUCAAAAAAUUUGCUGACGAGUGGCCAGUUCUAGAGUUUGCACAAGUUCCCUUUAAUCAUCCCCUCUUCAUCAUGUACUCAUCUGGAACAACUGGUCCUCCAAAAUGCAUGGUGCAUUCUGUUGGGGGAACACUAAUCCAGCAUCUGAAAGAACAUAUACUUCAUGGGAACAUGAACAGACAAGAUGUGAUCUUUUAUUACUCAACUACAGGCUGGAUGAUGUGGAACUGGCUGGUGUCUGCCCUUGCUGUCGGAGCCUCUGUUGUAUUGUAUGAUGGAUCACCUUUUAUUCCUUCACCAAAUGUUAUCUGGGACUUAGUUGACCGAAUAGGAAUAACCAUUCUCGGAACUGGAGCCAAAUGGUUGUCAGCUCUCGAAGACAGGGAAGUUCAGCCAAUUAGGACGCAUAAUCUAGCAAGUCUACACACGAUACUAUCAACGGGCUCCCCCCUGAAACCGGCCAGUUAUGACUACGUUUACAGCAGUAUAAAGCACAAUGUACUCCUUGGCUCUAUCUCAGGAGGCACAGAUAUCAUUUCAUGUUUUGCUGGCCAAAAUCCAACUGUCCCUGUGUACCGUGGAGAAAUUCAAACAAGAAACCUAGGAAUGGCCGUGGAAAGCUGGAACGACGACGGUAAAGCUGUCUAUGAUCAGAGCGGAGAGCUGGUUUGCACCAAGCCCUUCCCAUGUAUGCCUGUUCACUUUUGGAAUGACCCUCAAGGCCUCAAAUACAAGAAAGCGUACUUCAACAAGUUUGCGGGUGUUUGGACGCACGGUGAUUUUUGCUCAAUCAACUCAUCUACUGGCGGAAUUCUUAUGCUAGGAAGAAGUGAUGGAACUCUUAACCCGGCUGGUGUAAGAUUUGGGAGUGCAGAAAUUUAUAAUAUUGUUGAGAGAUUUGAAGAAGUGGAAGAUAGUUUGUGUGUUGGUCAACAGAUGAAGGAUGGAGAACGGGUUGUUCUUUUUCUGAAGAUGAGCAACGGAUUCAGAUUUAACGAAGAGCUUGUGGCGCGCGUGAAGUCUGCGAUCCGGCAAAGACUGUCAGCCAGACACGUCCCAGAAAUUAUCCUGGAAACAAAAGAGAUUCCUUACACGGCCAGUGGGAAGAAAGUGGAGGUUGCUGUCAAACGGAUACUUGCAGGAGAACACAUCAAAAACAGGGGAGCGUUAGCGAACCCGAACUCUCUGGAUCUUUACUAUGGCAUUACUGAGCUCAAACAAGGAGAAAAUUUAUAAAUCUAUGUCUGAGAACACGCUUUAUCCAACUUGGAAACAAACAAACAAACUAAAACUUGAGGAGGACAAAGUUAUGAAAUGUGUCAAACUCGAUUUAAAUUAAAGAUUGGGCAGGGAGGCACUUUUUUUUUUAAAUGUUUGUUGCAAACUUGCACUAAAACAGCGCAAUCAAAAAGUGUUCCACCAAAACACCCUACUACAAACACAAACACAUAAUCGUAACGACAAUGACAAAGUAAAAAAAAUUUGUUGUGAACAUUUUUGAUAAUUUUAUGGAGCAGAUAAUCCUCUAGUGUGACGUUUAGGGGUCACGUGACCAAGGAACUCGUUUCAUUGCGCUACCUGUUAAUCCAAUCUGUUUCGAAAAGCAUAUACAAGUUCGAAAUUUUUAUGCCUUUUUUUUUUGGAUAACUGAAGAAAAUCAAGGAUUAAAUAAUUGUCGAAAGCGGGCGAUAUGCCACUUUUUAUAAACCUUAAUAAGUUAUCAAACAGUUAGAUUGAUUUUUAUCCAAGGGUAGAGAACGUAUUUAUUACAAAGGUAAAUAUUUGUGGUCACAAUAGGUACGUAUGUAGUGCGUGUUUUCACGCGAGUGUUUCACACCCGAGUGCAUGUAGUGCGUGUGAAACACAUCCCAGCUGCUAGUUAGAUGCAUGUUUUCUUUUUUUUGUUUCCCUAUAGUAGCAUGACUCUGAAUUAAUAAAUGUGUUUUAUUUUUAACAAGGUUACAAUGAAUUAUGAUAUUUCUGCUAAGUCAAGUUGAAAUUCGGCACGAUUACAAAUUUCCUGUCUUUAAGACAGAGCGAACACGCUAUGUAAUUCCUCUUCGAAUAGCGCUAAGUGGCUUAUUUGAAGCCUUUCUAUGGUAUCACAAUAAAGGGAAUAAAUAAAAAUUGAGACAAGUUUUGCU